AUGAUCGAAGAGCUCCUUACGGGCAUAACGUCCGGCCAGGCCAUUCUGUGGUCUCUGGGCAUAUUCACUGUGCUACUAAUUUUUCGGAGAAUCCAGACUCAGAUCCAACUCUCGCGCCUUGGGGCUAGCGCUCCCAAGAUCUCAUUCCGUCUUCCUUACGCUCUCGACUUUAUUUACAAGGGUCAGAUCGCCAGUAAAUCAAACACGGAUCUGGAGUUCUGGCGCGACAGUAUCCUCUCAGCCGGAGGCAGAACGAACGUCAAGACCGCGGAGGUCGAUGCUGGUAUUUCUACACGUGCGAUCAUGACCUCGGAUCCCGAGAACAUCAAGGCGCUGUUGACUGGACAGUUCGCCGACUAUGGUAAGGGCGAACCUUUCCACAAGGAAUGGAAGGAGUUUUUGGGCGAUAGUAUCUUUGCUACAGAUGGAGAAAUGUGGUCGCGCUCGCGCCAGCUCAUCCGGCCCAUGUUUGCGCGAGACCGCAUCGUCGAUACGGAGAUAUUUGAGAAGCAUGUCCAAAAGCUCAUUCCGCUUCUCGGCGGAAGCCAGUCUCCUAGUAGGAGCAAGGUGGUCGACGUUGGAUCGCUCUUCUUCCGCUACACUCUUGAUGCUGCCACGGACUACCUGCUGGGUCAGGGCACCGAUAGCUUGGAUAACCCGGCCACAGGCUUCGCGGAAGCAUUCAGAUACGUGCAACAACGACAAGCCGAGCUUUUCCGAUUCGGCGUCUUUAACUUCGCCAUGUCGCGCAAAGAAUUCCGCCGCAAUCUAAAGAUCAUGGACCAGUUCAUUCAGCCAUACAUCGAAACGGUCCUAUCUCUAUCCACUGAUGAACUGGAUCAAAAGCUUUCAAAGCGACAGACCUUCCUGGACGCCCUGGCUCGCUUCACUCGCGACCCUCGAGUCCUCCGAGACCAGCUGGUCGCAGUGCUCCUCGCAGGCCGAGACACCACCGCUGGAACACUAUCAUUCUGUCUCUUUGAACUAUCUCGCAACCCCGAAGUUGUCGCCAAACUGCGCAAAGAAAUCCGCGAGCGUCUCGGCGUUGGCGCAGACGCCCAGAAACCCGAAUACACAGACCUAAAGGAAAUGAAAUACCUCAACGCCGUGAUCAACGAGACAAUGCGCUUCUACCCCGUCGUCCCCUUCAACGUGCGCUACUCACUCCGCGACACGACCCUGCCUCGCGGCGGCGGUCCCGACUGCCGAGACCCUGUCGGUGUGCGCGCACACACGCGGAUCAUUUACUCGACGAUGUUGAUGCAGCGCGAUCCCGACCUGUACGACGGUCCGGAUUCCAAGAACUACUUUGAUCCGGGCAAGUGGAUCCCCGAGCGCUGGGUUUCGGGCUGGUCGCCGCGGCCGUGGCAGUUUAUUCCGUUCAAUGGUGGCCCACGGAUCUGCAUUGGGCAGCAGUUUGCGACUAUUGAGAUGGGAUAUACUAUUAUUCGCAUUCUGCAGGCUUAUGAGCGCAUUAUUGCGCUGCCGGUUAGUGGCAAGGAUCGCGUUGAGGAUCCUGUGUUGAGAUUUGAGGUUACGUUGAGUCCAGGGUCAGAGUUGAAUUGUGUGUUUUUGAAGGAGGGUGAGGAUUUUACUCGGCUUGAAUCUAAGGUUGACGUUGCUGCGUGA